AUGGGAUAUGAGGUAGAUAAGGAUCUACUCAUUGCUUAUGUUGAUCAUUUGUUAGAGAAACCAACGGAUACCACUACAGAGAGAUUUAGGACAUACAAAGAAAAAUCACUACAAGUCCACUCUAAGUUGCAGAAACCAGUGAUUGCAAAGAAGAUAAGGAAGGAAGUAAAAGCAUUCACUGAGCAGGCAGGAUUUACAAAAGAACAGAUAGUAGUAGCUAGAGAAGAGCACGCAGUAGAGCAAGGUGAAGCAUCUAGUGUACCUAUUGUUACCCCUACCAGUACUCCUACCGGUAAGACUAGAGCUACAAAAGCUAGACUAGCAAAAAAGAAGAUGGAAGAAGACAAAUCGGCUGAAUCACAAAGAGGUAAACCAUCUAAAAUUCAAUUCCGGAGAAAGCAGAAAAUUGUUGAUCCACCUGUUGCACCAAUACAAACUAGAAAGAGGAAGAAGCAACAAGCCCACAAACCGGGAAAUGAUGAAGAGGCUACUAAAUCGGAUGAGGAUAAAAGAGAACUUAAAGCAAGUGUUAAGAAGCCUAUGACAACCAGGAUGAGAAAAUCACCUAAGAAAACAUUUACAUUAGAAGACUCUUUCAAUAGGAUGGUCCGAAUAAUUGAGAAUUAUGGGAUAUACAAAGGUUUAAACACAUUGUUUAUUCAUUUAUCUGAAAGUCAAAAAAUGGAGAUUGAAGAUCACCUACAACCGGAAGCAACUGAAGAAGAAAUUGAACAGUUAAGGGUUAAUUUAAAAGCAUCAUUCAGAUCCAAAAAGAGAUUAACAAGAAUGUUAAUAGGAGAGACCGUAUCAGUCCAGAAGGAGACUAAGAUGUUGAUCAAGAAGGCUUUAGGUCUCAUCUUGAAGGAAGAAAAAGAUGAACAAGUUGAGGAAGAUAGUUUUGAAAAGUUCAAGUCAGAAGAACUUCCUAAAGGUGUUAAGGUCAUGGAUUUUGAACUAGAUAACAAGUAUAUGCAAGAUGAUCCUAUUGAUACUGAAUCGACGAUCAUUCCUGAUGAUGACACCAGAGACAAUGUUGAUAAUAAUGUUGAUAACAUAGAUGCAUUUGAUGUUGAUGUUCAAAUUUUUGAACAACAUGAGCAACAAGAGGAACAAGUGGAGAAUAAAACUGAAGAAAAGAGCUCUGAUGAGCCACCGCAAGCAUACGAGGAGUCAGAGGCUAUUUUGGCUACACAUGAGAUGGGCACAGUUGAUGCAAUGGAGGAAUUAGCAGGGCAGAUAAAGACACGUGUAGAGAUUAUCGACACACUAUUAGAGACAUGGGAUAAUGAUCUAAAACAGUUGAAGUUUCACUUCAGUGACGCUUUUUCUAAAAUUGCUUUGUAA